AUGGACAACAAAGGGUUGUCACUGACAGGGCCGUUCCUGCUGGUGCUGGUGCUGGUGUCAAGCCUGCUCCUCUGCAAGAAUGUGGCCUCCAUGCCCCCCUGUCCCAGCGCUGUCAACUGCGAAGUGGCCCUCGGAGACCUGUUUGAUCAUGCAGUCAUCCUAUCUCACUACAUCCAUAACCUCUCCUCUGAAAUGUUCAGUGAGUUUAAUAAACAGUAUGCCCAGGACAGGUGGUUCUUUACCAGGGCCAUCAAUGGCUGCCACACUUCUUCAAUCCCUACCCCCGAAGACAAGGAGCAAGCCCAAAAUAUGCAUCACGAAGACCUUCUGAACCUGGUCCUCAGAGUGCUGAGCUCCUGGAAUGAGCCUCUGUAUCAUCUAGUCACGGAAGUGCGUGCUAUACAAGAAGCCCCUGAAACCCCGAAUGGCAUCCUAUCAAGAGCCAUAGAGAUCGAGGACCGUAACAAACAGCUUCUAGAGGGCAUGGAGAAGAUAAUCAACCGGGUUCAACAUGGAGUCAGAAGAAUUGAGGCCCCCUCUCCCUGGUUGGGACUUCCAUUUCUGCAAGAGGCCGAUAAAGACACUCGCCUUUUUGCUUUGUAUGAGCUGAUCCAUUGCCUACGCAGGGAUUCGCAUAAGAUUGACAACUAUCUCAAGCUCCUGAAGUGCCGAAUCAUCUACGAUAGCAACUGCUAA